GCAUAAAUUAUAUCCCAGCCGCAGUCUGUAAGAAGCAUGCAACCAGACAAAAUGGAAUUUGAAAAUAAAGUGAUAUUGGUGACUGGCGCGAGUUCCGGCAUCGGUAAAGCGACAGCACUCCUAUUUGCUGAGCGCGGCGCUCGGCUCGCGCUCGUGGGUCGGGACGAGGCGAAGCUGCGCUCGGUCGCAGAGGAGUGUGCGAAACACCAGCUGCAACACCUGCACAUAGCGGCGGACCUGUCCACGGACGAGGGAUGCGAGAGGGUCGCUAAGCAAACUUUAGAGCAUUUUGGACGACUGGACGUGCUGGUGAACUGCGCCGGCGUGGCAGCCAUCACAUCGCUGGAAACGGCGGACAUGUCGUCGUUCGACCGCGUGUUCGGGACGGUGGUCCGCGGGGCCUUCAACCUGACCCGGCUGGUCGCGCCCGCGCUCAUAGCGACGCGCGGUUCCAUCGUCAACGUGUCGAGCAUCGCCGCCACCAUGGUCCACGUUGGCAGUCUGCCGUAUGGGAUGGCGAAGGCGGCUCUCGACCACUUCACGCGUUUGAUCGCCCUCGAGUUAGCCCCCAAAGGUGUGAGAGUGAACACCGUUAGUCCGGGAAUCACAAACACAUCUCUCCUUCAACGUUUGACCGGGCACACUGACGAGGAGCAUGCGGCCUUCCUCAAAAACAGCGAGGCGAGAAUCCCAAUGCGAGAAAUAUGCGAGCCGGCCGACGUGGCGCGUGCGAUCGCGUUCCUGGCCGGCGGGGACAGCCGGCUGGUUACCGGCGCCACCGUCAAGGUCGACGGCGGCCUGCAGCUCGUCGGUCUCGGAGAGAUGCUUAAGAACCAGAACGAGGAGAUGAGAAAGUGAACAU